GUGACACAUCUGUGCGCUUUUAUCGAGGAUGUGGGUGACUCAAACACGAUUUAGACGUUAAACACUGACUUACGUAAACCUGUGAUUUCCGCUAUUUCAUUUCCUAAAGCGCAAAGUUUCUCAAUUUUGCAGAAGUUUGAUUUUAUAACGGGGAUAUGCACGUCGCAAACUCCCACACUCCCAAACGCAAAACAUAAACCCAAAUCAUUUUUCGCUUUUACGUUUUGUCCAAGGUUGUUUUUUUAUUUUUAUCUUGGAUUUGGAUAAAGAUUAGUUGGUAAAAUGAAUCAGGAGUCGAGUCGAAGUUUGUCCGCGGAGAGUGGGACGUGCGGCCGGGAGACGCGCCUGUUUGUGGCCGCUCUAGGUGCGCUCUUCCUCGGACUCCUGGCCUCGAGUUGCGCCGCUGAGGAGGCGUCAUGUCACGGAGCCUACGACCUCUACUUCGUACUGGACAAGUCUGGGAGCGUGGCAGGAGACUGGGUGGAGAUCUACUCCUUUGUGAAGAAUCUGACCGAUCGCUUUGUCAGUCCCAGAUUGAGAGUGUCCUUUAUCGUGUUCUCGGGUCAAGCUGAAGUCCUGCUCCCGCUCACUGGAGACCGUGGGCAGAUUGACGAGGGUCUGAGGCGUCUGGAGAACGUGAAACCAGCCGGAGAGACUUUUAUGCACGAGGGACUCAAUAAGGCUCGGAUGCAGAUUGAGACUCAGAAUGUGAAGUCGUCCAGUAUCAUUCUGGCUCUGACCGAUGGCAAACUGGAGGUGUUCGUCCAUGAGCUCACUGUCAAAGAGGCGGACGAGGCUCGCAGGUUCGGAGCGCGUGUGUACUGCGUGGGAGUGAAGGACUUUGACGAACAGCAGCUUUUCGCCAUCGCAGACACCAGAGAUCAAGUUUUUCCAGUCAAAGAUGGCUUCCACUCACUUAAAGGCAUUGUCAACUCGAUUUUGAAGCGGUCGUGUACUGAGAUCCUGAGUGUGGAGCCGUCCAGUGUCUGUGUGAAUCAAACCUUUGACUUGGUGUUGAGAGGAAACGGCUUCGCUCUGGGUCGGAGCAAUGAAGGAGUCGUCUGUAGCUUCAUCAUCAACGAACAAACCAUCAGUCAGAAGCCGAGUGUGGUGCGUAAUGACUACCUGCUGUGUCCUGCACCCAGCCUCUACGAAGUGGGACAGACCAUGGAUGUUCUGAUCAGCCUGAACAACGGGAAGUCGUUCAUCUCCAGCGCCUACACCAUCACCGCCACCUCCUGUUCUGAUGGCCUGGUAGUGUGGAUAGUGUUCCUGGUUCUAUUGCUUCUUUUAGCCCUGAUCUUGAUGUGGUGGUUCUGGCCCCUCUGCUGCACUGUGGUCAUCAAGGACCCUCCUCCUCCACCUCCUCCGUCCAGACCUCCACCACCGGAGCCUGAACCGUCACCGAAAAAGAAAUGGCCAACAGUGGACGCCUCAUACUACGGAGGGAGAGGAGCAGGAGGGAUCAAACGUAUGGAGGUGCGUUGGGGAGAGAAGGGCUCAACAGAGGAGGGGGCCCGGCUGGAGAAGGCUAAAAAUGCCAAGAUCUCCAUCCCCGAAGAUGCAGAGGAACCCAUGGUCCAGAGACCCAAAGCCAGACCUGUUCCUACACAUCAGCCCCAGAACAAGUGGUACACUCCCAUCAAGGGUCGGAUGGACGCUCUGUGGGCUCUGCUGAGGCGGCAGUACGACCGAGUGUCGCUGAUGCGGCCGACAUCAGCCGAUCAGGGAAGAUGCAUCAAUUUCAACCGAGUCCCACAUCAGUGAAGCAGCGACCGUCCUCAUCUGCAGGAAAAGCAAAAAGUUUUUUUUUGUUUUUUUUAUUCUCCAAACCUCCAUUUUGACCUCU